AUGUCCUCUUUCACAGACAAAUUCCGCAGCAUAGUCCAAGUCAAACGAACGCACGACAAUGCAGAAAAUGCAGAACAAGACACAGCGACAGCAAAAGCCUACGGAAAAUGGUCCAAUAUCGACCUCAUCCCAACUCCACCUCACCAACGCUGCUGGUCACCCUGGUACUACUUCGCCUUUCAAUUCAGCAUCGCUUUCUCACCCACAACCUAUAACAUCGGCUCAACACUCUUCUCCAUCGGCCUCACCUGGUGGCUCAUCAUCAUCGCCUCCUUCGUCGGAACCUUCCUCUGCUGCAUAAUCCUCUACCUCAACGCCCGAGGUCCAGUCCUCUACCACAUCGGCUUCCCCGUCUACGCUCGAAUCUCCGCCGGAAUCUACGGCUCCCUAUUCUUCAUCUUCAUCCGCGCCGUCGUUGCGAUCUUCUACAUGGGCACACAAACAUACUACGCUAGCCGCCUCAUGGACGUCGCAUUACGUUGUGUCUUUGGAUACAAAUGGACCCAAAUCCCCAACCACCUUCCAGUUUCAGCAGGAAUCACAACUUCCCAAAUGAUCGCUUUCUUCCUCACCUGGCUCCUCCAAUUCCCCUUCGCUUUCCUCCAUCCUAGCGCUUCCGGCCCCCUCUUCGUCAUAAAAUCUUUCCUCUCUCCUACAGCUUACAUCGCAACAAUGAUCUGGUCUCUCAUCGAAUUCCGCGGCGUAGACCUCCACUUCAGCUCCAACCCCGCCACUGGCUCUGCUCUCGCCUGGUCUUUCCUCCGCGCAAUCAACACCGUCGUCUCCGGCGUCGUACCACCUAUGGUCAACAUUGCCGAUCUCGCCCGCUACGGCAAUCAUCCUACGAGAGAUAUCCUCCCUUUAACGAUCGGUCUCUUCAUAUCUAAACCCUUCGUCAUCCUCCUCGGACUUUUUACCACAGCCUCCGGAGCCAAAAACUUCGGCAUCGCAAACUGGAAUCUCUGGGACUACUACUCCCUCAUCCUCUCCUCCUAUUCCUGGACCCCAACAUCCCGCUCCCUCAUCUUUUUAGCCUCCAUAAUCCAAUCUUUCGCCACAAUCGUCACAAACAUUUCCGCAAACGCUAUUCCCGUCGGCUCUGAUUUGGCAGGUCUUUUUCCAGGAUAUUUUGACAUUCGCCGAGGAAUGAUUCUUUGUCAUUUAUUGAUUUGGGCUGUGGUACCUUGGUUACUUGUCGAUUCUGCGCAGAAUUUUUUGACGUUUUUGGGGAGUUAUUUGUGUUUUAUAAGUCCGGUGGUUGCGAUUAUGAUUGUUGACUACUGGAUCGCACGAAAAGGAAACGUGCACGUCCCAUCGCUCUACAGGCCAGAAGAGGGGAGUCCGUAUUACUAUACCAAAGGCUUCAACAUUCGCGCCUACAUCGCUUGGGCCAUCGGCGUCGGCCUCGUCAUCUCAGGUAUAUCUGGCGCCAUUUCACCUGGAAGUAUAAGUCUUACCGCUGUGAGGAUAUAUAAUUGCGGGUUUGUGUUGAGUUUUGCGGCGGCGGGGGUUGUUUAUUGGGCGUUUUGUUGGAUUUGGCCUGUGGAGAUUGUUCCCGUGGGGAGAAGAAGAGGGGAGGAGAGGAUGGAAAGGGAGGAGAUGGUUCUGACAGAAGGCUUUCUUCUGGAUGAUGAGGUUUUGCCGGGGUAUGUGAGGGAGAAAGUGGUGUUUGGGGAGGAGCCGGUGGGGAUGGUGGAUGGGAGGGAUGAGGGCGGGUUGGACGAGAAGUAG